AUGUGCAAAUUGACUGCACGUCGGUUCACGUUCCGCCCGCCCUUUGUUUGCAUCGACCGAGCUUGGAAUCGCGAAGUGCUCGGAAUAAACCUGAAGACUGAAGUCAAUAAUCCGCUGUGCAUCCAGUACGAGGUGGCCGCUGCAGCGAAAAUACCCUCACUGCGCGCACAAGGCCGGCCAGAGUGUAUUUUCGACCGCGACGCGAGCGAC